AUGGAAGAAGCAAAAGAAGUAUCGACCACAGUUGCGGCAAAAACAGAAUCUGAAAAAAUCGGUGAAAUAACCGAACAAAUAGCGCAAGAAAUGGGCAUACCAACAUGGGGUCUUGUAGCUAUUAUAAUCGUGGUUUGUUUGAUAAUAUUAUUAAUAUGCGGAUUCUGUAUUCGACGAUGUUUUAGAAAAAGAAGAGCAAAAGAUGGUAAAAAAGGAAAAGGUGUUGUAGAUUUAAAAUCCGUACAGUUGCUCGGUUCGGCAUAUAAAGAAAAGGUUCAACCGGAUAUGGAAGAAUUAACGGAAAAUGCAGAAGAACAAGGAGAUGAGGCGGAUAGUAAACAAAGCGAACAGAAAUUAGGAAGACUUCAAUUUAAACUCGAAUACGAUUUUAAUUCAAAUAGUUUGGCGGCAACUGUUAUACAAGCUGAAGAAUUACCUGCAUUGGAUAUGGGAGGAACGAGUGAUCCCUACGUAAAAGUUUAUUUGCUCCCCGAUAAAAAGAAAAAAUUUGAAACUAAAGUUCAUAGGAAAACAUUAAGUCCAAAUGUUCCGUAUGCUGACGCAAUGAAUAAAACAUUGGUUUUUGCCAUAUUCGAUUUCGAUAGAUUUUCUAAACAUGAUCAAAUCGGCGAAGUUAAAGUUCCACUCUGUCAGGUUGAUUUAGCUCAAACAAUUGAAGAAUGGAGAGAUUUACAAAGCGUGGAAGGAGAAGGUGGUCAGGAAAACAAGCUGGGUGAUAUCUGCUUUUCGCUACGUUAUGUUCCAACUGCUGGAAAAUUGACAGUUGUUAUAUUGGAAGCUAAAAAUUUGAAGAAAAUGGAUGUAGGAGGUUUGUCAGAUCCCUACGUGAAAAUCGCAUUGCUUCAAAAUGGUAAAAGAUUGAAGAAAAAGAAGACGAGCAUCAAAAAAUGCACGUUAAAUCCAUAUUUCAAUGAAUCAUUUACGUUUGAAGUACCUUUCGAGCAAAUUCAGAAAGUUAAUCUCUCCGUAACCGUCGUGGAUUAUGAUCGGAUUGGAACCUCAGAUCCCAUAGGGAGGGUUAUACUCGGUUGUAAUGCUCAAGGCACAGAGCUGAGGCAUUGGUCCGACAUGUUGGCCUCCCCCCGUCGACCCAUUGCCCAAUGGCAUACUCUAAAGGAUCCCGAUGAAACCGAUGAGAAAAAAUAA